AUGAGACUUGUUUCGCCGCUCGUAAUUGAGCAGCAGCUGGUUGGGGACGAUGCCAUAGAGCAGGUCCGAGUUCUUCAGGUUCCUGCAACCGGCGGAGCUGAGGCUCAACUAGCUGUUGCUGUCUCUUUGGCGAAGUCCAAGAUUGGCGACGAAACGGAGGUUGCCGUCGUCAAGCGUGUCCGCAGAGACUUGGUUAAGAGGAUGAAGGUAGCGGCGAACGGAGACUGGGUCGGCAAAAACGCCGUCCCGAAGAAGUGGAUUAUUCUCAAGGAGCUUCCCGUGGAUGCGUACGGCGAAGUUGAUAACGACGCCCUACGAAAACAGUUGACUGCUGCACCAGCUGUAGGUGCGCCCUUGACCGUGAAGCAGAAAUUGAAGCGUGCCAUCGCCAAGACGCUGCGUCUGCCUCUCUCCGACAUUGCCCCCUCGGCCUCUUUUAUCCGUCUUGGAGGCGACUCCGUCAGCGCCAUCGAAGUGAUGGCUCGCGCCCUUGAAGACCAGGUCAUCGUACGCGUAUCCGACCUUCUGCGCUGCGAGACCUUUGACGAGCUUGCGGCUACGGCCACCGCUGGAGACUCUGCUGCUACCGGCAGCACCACCGAAACACGCCCCUUUGCCCACAUUACCGAGCUCGAUCGUGUGGCCUUCUUGUCGAGCGCUCGUGCCCAGUGUCAUCUGGCCAAUGACGCCAUCAUCGAGGACGCUUACCCUCUGACUAAGCUCCAGGAGGGAUUCAUGGCCCUCGCAGCAAGGCAACCGGGCUCAUACAUCAGCAAAUACGCCUUUCCUCUUCCCAGAUACAUUGACGCAGACCGCUUCCGAAGAUCCUGGGAAAAGACUCUUGCACUAUGUGGAAGCCUACGCACAAGAAUGGUCUUCUUCGGGGAUUCUUCCUACCAGAUCGUUGUUGAUGAACCAGUCCACUGGGACGAGACCUUGGGUUCCGAUGUGGCAUCGGCUGUUAAUGCGAUGAACAGUGUAGAGAUGACAUACGGCUCGCAGCUAUGCCGUUACGGAUUAGUAAAGGGCCCUGAUGAUCAGGACUACUUUAUCUGGCUUAUUCACCAUUCUAUUUACGAUGGCUGGACGAUGCGCCUCGUUAUUGAAACCGUCCACCGUCUGUACUAUGGGGCUGACAUCCCACCCAUAGCUCCGUAUUCGGGACUUAUCAGCUAUGUGAAGAAUCUUAACCGCGAUGCCGGCGCUGCCUACUGGAAGGCCCAACUUGAAGACGCAAAAAGGCCGACGUUCCCACUCGUCCCAUCCGAUUUGGCAGCCACCUCGACAUCUGAUGGGGACGCUGAGACAGUAACAAGACUCGAGAAUCACAUGAUUCUUAUCGGAGAGUCAGCCGGAGCGACAUUUACCAGGGCGACAAUUCUGCGCGCCGCGUGGGCAUUGUUGCUUGCGCGAUACUGCGACUCUGAUGACGUCUGUUUUGGCACCACGGUCUCGGGUCGUCAGGUACCUGUUCGGGGUGCCCAAAGAAUCGCCGGACCGUUGAUUGCCAGUGUCCCUAUUCGUAUUCGUCUCGAUCGCCAGCAGUCCGUGGCAGCAUUCCUCCAAGGCGUCCAAGAUCAAGCAAACGAGAUGACCGCUCACGAGCAAUACGGCUUGCAGAGCAUUGCGAAGCUUAGCCCCGAGGCGCAGGAUGCUUGCGACUUUUCAAGCUUGAUUGUCAUCCAGCCAGACAAGAUUCUGGGCUACCCGGAUGUUGACGGCCUUAGAGUCUUGCUUCCUCUUAGCGAUGCGCAUUUCGGUCCCGACCAGAUGCUUGAGGGGUACUACAACUACCCCCUCGUGCUUCAGGUGCAUGUUUUCGAGCACCAGGUGGAACUCUCUGUGACCUAUGACUCGCGAGUUCUUUCUCAAUCUCAAGUACAGGCUUUGUGUUACCAAUACGACCACAUUGUCCAACAGCUGCUCAACCCCACUACAGAUACCGCACUUGGAGACAUCUCUCUAGCCGGGCCUUGGGAUCUGCAGCAAGCACUUGAGUGGAACAGCGAUGAGGAACCAGAGAUUGUUUCCGCCUGUGUUCAUGAACUUGUCGCAGAACAAGCACAGAUCCGACCAGAUGCCCCAGCAAUAGCCGCUUGGGACGGCGAACUGUCAUAUCGCCAGCUAGAUGAAGCAUCAUCCAGGCUUGCUCUCUACCUACUUGAUACGUUCGGCCUCGUAGAGGAUAGCCUCGUACACGUCUGCUUUGAAAAGUCGGUCUGGUUUUUCGUUUCCAUACUGGCUAUCAACAAGGCCGGUUGUGCUUGGGUUCCCCUUGACCCUUCACACCCAGAACAGCGCCAACGACAGGUCAUGAAACAGACCCAAGCAAAGCUCGCCUUGACAUCGGCCAAACACAGAACUGGUGGCUGCCUUUGCGUACCGUCUGAUGAUGUCCGGAUGAACGAUAUCAGCAAUUUCAUGGGCCAGUACUCUGUUAACACCGCCCUGCUCACACCGUCAUUUAUCAGAACGCUCAAGCCCGCCGACGUGCCUAGCCUCAGGGUUCUGAUGCUUGCCGGUGAGGCUGUUGGGCGGGAUAUCUUGGAUACAUGGCUUCAGCCUGGCAAGAUCCGUCUCUUCAACGGUUGGGGACCAGCGGAAACCUGCGUUUUCAGCACCCUCCACGAGUGGCAAUCUCUCAAUGAAUCUCCACGCACCGUUGGGAGACCUGUUGCCGGUUUCUGCUGGAUCGUCGACCCCAAAGACCCUGAGCGCUUAGCACCUAUUGGCUGCCUGGGCGAAGUGAUUAUUCAAGGUCCCACGAUCCUCAGAGAGUAUUUGGCUGACAAGGCUCGUACUGCCGAGAGUAUCUCGCCAUCGCCAAGCUGGGCCCCGAGACGUGAGAUGCCACGCUGGAACCGCAUCUACCGGUCAGGAGAUUUGUGCUACUACAAUCCCGACGGCACGAUUGAGUUUUCCAGUCGCAAGGAUACUCAGGUAAAGAUACGCGGUCUGCGAGUUGAGCUCGGCGAGGUUGAGUUCAGCAUCAGAGCCGCGCUUCAAGGUGCCGCCCAGGUUGUUGUGGACGUGUUCAAGACAGACGCCGGCGCCGUCAAUCUUGCGGCGUACUUCUGCUUCACCAACGACACGUACACCACAAACAAGUCUGGCAGCAACUGCAAUGACAUGUUCCUCCCGCUCACGGAAGAUCUGCAACGUCGCAUAAACCAUGUUAUGGGGGAGCUUACGGUCAAGUUACCUCGCUACAUGGUGCCCUCUAUUUUCAUACCCUGCCGCUAUAUGCCGGUUAUCACCUCUACCAAGAUCGAUAGAAACAUACUCAAAAAAUACAGCGCAGCGUUGCCGAGGGAGGACCUGACCAAGUAUUCCUUGCAGGGGAGCAAGAAGCGUGCCCCGGAGACUGCCAUCGAGAAGCAGCUUCAGCAACUCUGGGCAGAGGUACUGAAGAUUCCCGCCGAUUCGAUUGGUUUGGAUGACAGCUUCCUACGUAUUGGUGGCGAUUCCAUUGCCGCAAUUCGUCUUGUUGCCGUAGCUCGGGACGCUGGGAUGAAGCUGACGGUCAGAGAUAUCUUUGACGACCCCAGACUUUCUGGCAUGGGUGAGAGAGCUUUGGCCGAGGUGGACGAUGACUGGCACUCGGACAAGUCGGAGAUCGCCCCAUUCAGCCUUUUGCCUGAGCAAUUGCAAAACGCGAUGAAUCUUGAAGGGCCAAUGGAUGGUCUCAAUGAGUCUGCCAUGGUCAUCCGCAAGUCGUGUUCACUCUCAAGCAGCCAAGUCAUUGAGGAUACCUACCCUUGCACCAAACUUCAGGAGGGCUUCGCGGCACUCGGUAUCAAGCAGCCGGGAUCUUACAUUGGUAAAUAUGUGUAUAGACUCCCGGAAUACGUCGAUAUUGCCAGGUUCAAAGAGUCUUGGGCCAGAACUGUCGCUCUUUGCGGAAACCUUCGGACUAGAAUCACAUUCGCAGCUGGGCCUUCAGUCCAGGUCGUUGUCAAAGACGAGUUUGCCUGGGAUACGACGGAGGAUUCAAACCUCGUCGAUGCAAUUAAUUCCCUACAGAGCAUCCAGAUGACUGAAGGAUCAAGACUGUGUCGGUAUGGUUUGGCCAAAGACAACAAGGGCCGAUUGUACUUUGUCCUGGCAAUUCAUCACUCAAUCUACGAUGGCUGGACCAUGCGCCUGGUCAUCAACGCUAUCAACCGUAUCUACAAGAACGACAGUUCCCCAGCUCUUACGCCAUAUACUCAGUUCAUUAAAUAUGCGAUCAACAUGGACGAGGGAAGCAGUGCCAGCUACUGGAAGACGCAACUUGUAGACGCUAAACAGGCCACAUUCCCACCCAUUCCCAGAACCCUCCCAUCAUCCGCGGGUGCCCAGGUUACUCGUAUUUUGAGAGAGACCAUUCAGCUCGACCGCUCAGUCAACUCAUCUUCUUCGGUAACCAAAGCGACACUCCUUCGUGCUGCUUGGGCGGUUCUCCUUGCGCGAUGCUGCGAUACAGACGAUAUUUGCUUCGGAACUUCAGUAUCUGGACGGCAAGCACCGGUCCAUGGCAUCGAAGCCAUGGCGGGACCUCUCGUAGCUACUGUCCCGGUCCGGGUACGCCUAGACCCAGCCAAGAAGGUUUCUGAGUUCCUUCAGGAAAUGCAGAAGCAGUCUACCGAUAUGGCAGCCCACGAACAAUACGGUCUCCAGAAAAUCCUCAAGGUCAGCUCAGACGCCCGCGACGCCUGUGAGUUUUCCAGUUUGUUAGUCGUCCAGCCUGCACAGCUGGUCAAGUUCUCCGAGGACGAUUCUCAGAAGCCCAUUCUUGAAAAUGUUAGCUCGGAGUACUUUGGCCAGGAAGAGCUUCUGGAAGGCUACUUUAACUAUCCACUCGUGGUCCAGGGUCUCGUGCAUGAGACAUCCGUAGAGCUUAUGCUAGUUUACGACUGCCGCAGCGUCCCCGAACCUCGAGCCGAGGCAAUCUCCCGACAGCUCAACCACAUUGUCCAGCAGAUGAACAGGGAGCUUGGCGUUCUCGGUGACAUCGCUACAGCUGGGCCAUGGGAUCUGGAGCAAGCAAUUGCGUGGAACAACCAUGAUACCGCAGGGCAUGCUGUCGUUCAUGCCUGCGUCCAUGACUUUGUUCAGCAGCACGCAACCAAGACUCCGGAUGCCCUCGCUGUUAAUGCGUGGGAUAUGCAACUUACCUAUGCCCAGUUGAACAGCGCCGCCAACAGACUAGCACAUCACCUUGUUAAUGAAUACGACGUCAAAGUGGACGAGUUUAUCCAUGUCUGCUUCGAAAAGACAGCCUGGUUCUUCGUUGCAAUCCUGGCCAUCAACAAAGCCGGUGGUGCUUGGGUUCCGUUGGAGCCCUCCCAUCCCGAACAACGCCAGAUGCAAGUUGCCAAACAGACUGGAGCCCGAUUGGCCUUGGCGUCGCCUACCAAUGCUGCCAAAUGCCAUUCUCUGGUUGACCAGGUCGUCGUAGUUUCUGCCGAUCUGGAUAUGGUCUUGAGUGAUGAACACAGCCUUGACCCGCCGAAGCGCAACAUUUCCCCGAGCAACGCUGCUUACGUUCUGUUCACUUCGGGCAGUACGGGAGUACCGAAGGGUCUGGUGAUGGAACAUGAGUCUGUAUGUACCAGCCAGAUCGCCAUUGGAAAGCGCGUCGGCUUGCACCCGGGCGCUCGGAUGCUUCAGUUUGCCUCUUACGUCUUUGAUGCCUGCAUUGGCGAAGCCAUUGGCUCUUUCAUAGCCGGUGCUUGUAUUUGUGUGCCGUCUGAAGAGAUUCGGAUGGACACUUUCCGCCUCACAGAGUUUAUCCGAGAGACAGACGUCACCUGGGCGCUACUGACACCAGCCUUCAUCCGUACACUGCGGCCCAGCGAUGUCCCCAGCUUACAAGUCCUGAUGCUUGCCGGUGAGGCGGUAGGACGAGACAUCCUUGAGAGGUGGCAUGGAAAGGUUCAGCGUUUGUUCAACGGCUGGGGCCCAGCCGAGACAUGCGUGUUCAGCACACUUCACGAGUGGAAAUCUCCUUCUGAGUCACCCUUGACUAUCGGUCGGCCUGUUGGUGGCUUCUGCUGGAUCGUAGAUCCGAACGAUAGCAGUAAGUUGGCGCCAACUGGCUGCAUGGGCGAGAUUGUCAUUCAGGGUCCGACUGUCCUCCGUGAAUAUCUCUCCAGCCCCGAACAGACGGCAAAAUUUGUUGUCAAGAAUCUCCCCAAAUGGGCCCCACGGCGCUCGCUCUCCCGGUGGAAGCGAUUCUACAAAUCGGGAGAUUUGGGUUUCUACAACGCGGAUGGAACCCUCGAGUUUGCCAGUCGUAAGGAUACGCAAGUCAAGAUCCGCGGCCUUCGUGUGGAACUGGGAGAAGUUGAGCAGCACAUCCGAGACCUCCUCCAACCCGUCCAGCAUGUCAUUGUCGACGUCUAUAGGGCGAAUGGCGUGGCGAACCUUGUCGCAUUCUUCAGCUUUGGAGGAGGAUCAUCGAAGUUUGAGCCCGGGGAGAGCGUCUUUAUGGCACCAACACCCGUGUUCGAAGAACGUAUGACGGCUUUGCUCGGGCAGCUCAGCAUCCGCCUCCCUCGUUACAUGGUUCCCACCCUAUUCAUCCCCUGCCGAUACAUGCCAACCAUUACAUCGACCAAGGUCGACAGGAAGAAGUUACUCCAGCUAAGUGCCACUCUCACCCAGGAAGAGCUAACAGCGUAUUCACUUAGCAACAGCAAGAAAAACCCACCACAGACCCCCAAUGAGAUCUGCCUCCAGGGUAUCUGGGCCCAGAUCCUCAAGGUUGACGCUGAUUCCAUUGGUCGCGAUGACAGCUUCUUGCGUAUUGGAGGCGACUCCAUUGCGGCCAUCCGGCUGGUGUCUCUAGCCCGUGAGGCAGGCCUUGAACUCAAAGUCCAGGAUGUUUUUGAUGACCCUCGCCUGAGUGCUGUCAGUAAGAGGGCCAUCACUUUGGAAGAGCAUGAUGACGGCGGUGUCAACCCCAUCGCCCCUUUCAGCCUUCUCGAUGAGCCCUCUAGAUCUAUCAUCACGGCCCAGGAAGAUGCAUCAUUCCGCGCUCAGUGCGGUCUACCUAAUGAUGCCGUCAUUCAAGACGCUUACCCCUGCUCUAAGCUCCAGGAGGGUCUCAUUGCUCUCUCCGAGAAAGAUCCUGGCACGUACAUCGGAAGACACGUCUAUAGACUUCCCAAAUCUGUGGAUUUGGCGCGUUUCAAAGGGGCAUGGGAGAAGACACUGUCCCUUUGCGGCAAUCUCCGAACCCGCAUAGUCUUCUGCGAGAACAAGCAUAUCCAGCUUGUGAUCGAGAAUGAUACAGAAUGGGAUGCGUUUGCGGACCAUGAUAUCGACAGCGUCAUUCGUCUUUCGAAAUCUGCAAAGAUGUCUUACGGAUCGAAGUUAUGCCGCUAUUCUCUCGCCAAAGCAGAUGACGGCAGCCAUUACUUUUUCUGGACGUUCCAUCACGCCAUCAACGAUGGAUGGACUAUGCGCCUGGUUAUUGACUCUCUUCACGAGUCCUACCAUGGGGCCAGCCCCCUAAGCCAACCACAGCCUCACUCCCACUUCAUCGAAUACGUGAAGAACAUGGGUGAGGAUGCUGCAGCGGUUAACUAUUGGAGACAAGAGCUUGGAGGCGCUACCUGCGCUAGCUUUCCUCCCACAAAGACUAUUAAAUCGAAACACUCGAGCCGUUCUUUCAACAAAGUCAUUGACCUUCCCGCAUUCAGUACUUCCUCUUCUGUGACCAAGGCCACGAUACUCCGGGCAGCAUGGGCGAUUCUCCUAGCUCGCUACAGCGAUACUGACGAUGUGUGCUUUGGGACAACCGUGUCUGGACGACAAGCCCCUGUCCGAAAUGCGGAAACCAUUACCGGUCCCCUGGUUGCUACUGUGCCUGUUAGAGUCCGACUCGACAAGAAGCAAUCCGUGGCAGAGUACCUGCGCUCUGUUCAAAAACAGGCUUCUGACAUGGUACCUUACGAGCAAUUCGGACUCCAAUCCAUCUCAAAGCUGGGUAAAGAAUUUGAGGCUGUGUGCAACUUUUCGAGUCUUUUCGCAGUGCAGCCGGCCCAACAACUUGCUGCCCCCGGUGACGGAGAGGAUCCGCUUGUGGUAUCCGCGAAUGCCGACAUCUAUGGCUCGGACGAGCUUGUCCAAGGUUAUUUUAACUAUCCGCUUGUCGUUCAAGGCCUUGUUUACGGUGACCGGGUCGAACUGUCCCUCAUAUACGACACAGGUGUUCUCGGCGAAUACCAGGUCCAAGCACUAUCAAACCAGUUCAACCAUAUCGUAAGCCAGCUUCUCGGUGACGGUGCUGCCACUCUCGGUUCCGUGUCCGUGGCCGGACCGUGGGACCUUCACCAGGCCCUUUCCUGGAACACGGAGACGCCGGAACCAGUUCAGGAUACCCUUCACGGCAUGUUCCGCCGCCAGGCUGAGCGUUUCCCAGACAGGGAAGCCAUUUACUCUUGGGAUGGCAGUCUCUCCUACGCGGCCUUGGAUGAUGUCUCAACCCGCCUGGCCGCUCACAUUAUCGGCCUCGGCGUCCAGCUCAACACACCUAUCCCGAUAUGCUUUGAGAAGUCCAUGUGGGCUGUCGUUGCUAUGCUGGGUAUCCUCAAAGCAGGCUGCGCAUUCGUGCCUCUUGACGGAACACAUCCAAUUGAGCGCCGCAAAGCAAUCGUUGCGGAUAUAAACUCACCUAUCGUGGUGGCGUCCGCGUCGAUGGCAGCGUCAAAUGUGACUCUUGGACCAAAGGUGGUGAGCGUGUCUCCCGAAUUUAUCGAAACACUGCCCGUUGCGAGGGACAUUCAUCCCCAGGCAGACAGUUCUCCGGAGAUGGCAUACAUCAUCUUCACAUCGGGAUCCACCGGUAAACCCAAGGGCAUAGUCGUGGACCACAACGCCAUCUGCACGAGCAUAUUGGCCCAAGGACGUGUUGCCGGGCUUGCAGACGGAAACGAGUGUCGAUUCUUGCAGUUCGGAAACUACAUUUUCGACGCUUGCAUCACCGAGAUAUUCACAUGUUUCGCGUUUGGAGGCACCACUUGCGUUCCGUCCGACGCACAACGUCUCCAAGAUAUCGCUGGCUUCAUGACCGAGGCCCGUGUCACCAUUACUGUGCUACCGCCCUCGUUCGUGUCGACUUUCAGCCCCGCCGAUGUGCCAACCCUCAAAACACUAUUGAUUGGAGGUGAACCCGCAACCAGGGACGUUAUUAAGACAUGGCAUGGCCAUCUGAGGCUGAUGAACGCCUACGGACCCGCGGAGACCUGCGUGUUUUGCACCCUGCAUGAGUAUCCCUCGCCGGAUGCUUCGCCAGUAAACAUUGGCCGGGGCUUCAGCAACCGCUGCUGGGUUGUCGAACCGGACAGCAACAGGUUGGCACCUAUUGGAUGCGUUGGAGAACUCAUGGUAGAAGGAGAUGCUCUAGCACGCGGGUAUCUGAACGAUGCGGCGCGUACAAAGGAUGUGUUCUCUAAUACCCUUGAUCUGGCCUGGCUACCCCUUAGCCUUCGCGAGGCUUCUGAUGGACGACGUUCCUAUAGAACCGGUGACCUGGUGAGGCAGGAACCUGACGGUUCUUUGAUAUACGUCGGCCGAAAAGAUAUCCAGGUUAAGUUGAGAGGUCAGCGCAUCGAACUCGCCGAAAUCGAAUACCAUAUCAAGGAGCUCUACCCCGACGUGUGCAAUGUCGCAGCAGACGUUAUUAAGCAAAGUUCAGGAGAACUUCUCGUUGCUUACCUGUCAUUUGAGGAUAACAAGUCAACCAAGGAUUUGGACCAAAAGAUUCUCUCCAUCGACGGCGAUCUGAAGGAGCGUCUCGCCAAUCUAUCGGAGGACUUGCGAGCAAGACUUCCUGGAUACAUGACUCCAGCACUCUUCAUUCCCAUCCGACAACUUCCAGUUUUCUUGGCCUCCAUGAAGAUCGACCGUAAGACGCUUCACGCUUUUGGCAGUAGCCUAUCUCCUCGCCAAUUGGCAGCUUUGUCCCUGGACGACCGAGUGAAAACCCAGCCUCGUACAGAUAUGGAGUUCCGUCUUCGCGAUGUCUGGGCGCAGGUUCUAAACAUUCAAGCCGGCGAUAUUGGCCUCAAUGAUAGCUUCCUUCGUAUCGGAGGCGACUCGAUCAGCGCCAUCAAACUUGUUUCUCUCGCGCGGCAGUUCGGCAUCGGACUAACAGCCGCGGCAAUUUUCCAAGAUUCAAGACUUUCGCACUUGGCCUCCGUUGCUACGUUGGAAGAAGAGGUUGUGAAUGAUUGUUCGCUGCCCUUUAGUUUGGUUCCUGCUGCAGACCGCUCAAGCAUUGUAUCUGAGGCAUUGGUAGCCUGCAAAGUGUCCGAUGAAGCCAACAUUGAGGACAUCUACCCUUGCACAAAGCUUCAAGAAGGUCUAAUGGCACUUUCCGUGAAGCAACCCGGUUCCUACAUGGCCACCUUCACAUACCAGCUCCCAACCUUUGUCGAUAAAGCCCGUUUCAAGCAGGCGUGGGAGGCAACUGUAGCAUCUUGCGGCAACCUACGCACACGUGUUGUAUUUGCAGCCGGGUCUUCUUAUCAGGUUCUGCUCAAGGACGAUGCAAGCUGGGACUCGGUAAAGGGCUACAGCACAAUCUCUCAUUGUGAAAUGACAUACGGUUCCAGACUCAGUCGCUAUGCCCUCAUGGAGAAUAGCAGUGACAACACAACCCACUUUGUCUUGACCCUCCAUCAUGCCAUCUACGACGGCUGGUCUUUCCAACUCCUCAUGGAGACGCUGAAAAGCCAUUACUAUGGCAAUUACAUACCGGAGCUACCAGCCUACGUCGACUUUGUUCGCACUACGAUCAAGCUCGAUCAGGCGGCAAGUCGUGAGUUCUGGGAAGAUCAGCUGCACGAGGCUAAGAAAGCAACAUUCCCAUCCCCAUCCAACGCUCAGGUAUUUGAAACUUUCACAAAAUCACACACGGAGUGCCUUCGGAAGACUGUGAGCUUCCCUCGAUCGACUGAGUCCAAGAUAACAAAGGCGACCAUUUUGCGCGCGGCGUGGGCGAUGCUUUUAGCCCGCUACUCUGAUUCUGAUGACAUCUGCUUCGCUACAACAGUGUCAGGUCGCCAGGCGGUUGUUGCAGGUAUCGACAGGAUGGCUGGACCGACUCUUGCGACUUUGCCCGUCCGUGUCCGGAUUCAGGGUGAGCAGACGGUCCAGCAAUAUCUGAACGACGUGCAAGACCAAGCAGCAGCUACAAUUGCACAUGAACAAUUCGGUCUGCAGGACAUCUCAAAAAUCAGCAAUGACAUCAAAGACGCCUGCGACUUCACCAGUCUCCUAGUCAUCCAGCCCGGACAAGCCGUGAAGUUUGCCAACAAUGACGGCAACUCGAUCCUGAUUGAGACCGAACAGCAGGAUCUAGCGGCAGCUGGGGCGGCGGAUGGACACUUUAACUACCCACUGGUGAUGCAAGGGCAAAUACUCGACGAAGAAGUGCAACUUCUUGCAGUAUACGACUCAUCUGUCCUCGCAGAGUCCCAGAUCAUUUUGCUUUGCGAAAGGUUCAACCAUAUUGCGCAACAGCUCAUCGCACACCAGGACGAGACUCCCAUCCGGGAUAUCACCAUUGCUGGACCUAACGAUCUGCAGCAGGCCAUCGCAUGGAAUAGUGAGGAAACGGAGGUGGUUGAUGCUUGUCUGCACAAACUCGUUGACAGGCAAGCUCGCUUAACGCCUAACGCACCCGCUGUCCAUGGCUGGGACGCGACAUUUACUUAUGAGGAGCUGAAUGGCGCGGCUAACCGGUUGGCUCAUCAUCUUGCGGCCUUCGGGGUACAACUGGACGAGUUUGUUCAUGUGUACUUUGACAAGUCAGCAUGGUAUGUUGUAGCUAUCCUCGCUAUUAACAAAGCCGGAGGAACAUGGGUUCCUCUUGAUCCAUCGCAUCCCGAGGAGCGCCAGCGCCAGAUCGUCUCACAAACUGGCGCAAGAUUGGCUUUGACAUCACCAGCCCAUACGGCAACAGCUCGAAGGAUGGUCAAGAGCGUCAUCGAAGUCUCGCCUGCUCUAGACGAAAACCUCCUUAGAUUUGCGCCGUCUUCCAACACCACCCUUUCAGCCCCAACCAACCUCGCGAGCCCAAGAAACGCAGCCUAUGUGCUCUUCACAUCAGGCAGCACAGGUGUUCCGAAGGGACUUAUCAUGGAACAUGGAUCUGUGUGUACGAGUCAGAUUGCGAUCGGAAAGAGGCUGCGAAUCACUUCAGACGUGCGUAUGCUCCAGUUUGCCUCGUAUGUAUUCGAUCUAUGCAUUGGAGAGAUUUUCUGCCCUCUGCUUCACGGCGCUUGCGUCUGCAUCCCAUCCGAGGAGUCCAAGAUGGGCGACCUUGCCGGCUUUGUUCGUACCACGAAUGCCAACUGGGCUAUUUUGACGCCUUCUUUCGUGAGGACCAUGCAACCAGACCAGUACCCUGGCCUGGAACUGCUAAUCCUAGCCGGCGAAGCCGUUGGUCGCGAUAAUCUAGACACUUGGUUCGGAAAGGUGCGCCUUGUGAACGGCUGGGGACCUGCUGAGACCUGCGUUUUCAGCGCAAUGCACGAAUGGUCUUCUCUUGACGAAUCGCCGCUGACCGUGGGACGUCCGGUGGGAGGACACGGCUACAUUGUCGAUCCUACCGACGCCCAUAAGCUGGUCCCGGUCGGGUGUCUCGGAGAACUCGUUAUCCAGGGGCCCACGAUUAUGCGUGAGUACUUGUCGGAUGCCGAGCGGACAGCCGUCUCCGCCAUCCCGGCGGCGGACUGGGUACCGAACAGCACGUCUCCGAGAUGGGCUCGAUUCUACCGUUCCGGCGAUUUGUGUCGGUACAACGCCGAUGGAACGAUCGAGUAUGUCACGAGAAAGGAUACGCAAGUCAAGGUGCGAGGAUUGCGUAUCGAGCUGGGUGAGAUGGAACAAAACAUCAGGACGUAUCUCGAGGGCGUGAAAGAAGUGGCCGUCGAUGUGCUGCAAACCGGCAACGCCGUCCAGCUCGUGGCUUACUUUACCGUGGUGGACAAUAUGCCGAACACAACCAUUGGUAUCCCUUGUGAAGGUCUAUUUUUGCCGCUGUCUGCAGACUUAGAACGUCGUGUGAACAGUCUGGUUGGCGUUCUUGGUGUCAAACUCCCUAAUUACAUGAUUCCCGCCGUCUUUAUCCCAUGCAGCUACAUGCCUUUUACGAGCUCGACAAAGCUCAACCGAAACCUUCUUCGAAGUCUCGCCUUGGAGCUCAGUUACAACCAGAUCUCACGCUACAGUUUGUCAAGCAGCGAAAAGCAUGCUCCAGAAACACCUGUAGAGUUCAAGAUACGAGAGAUCUGGGCAAAGGUUCUCGGAUUACCAGUGGAAUCCAUUGGCCGAGACGAUAGCUUUCUCCGAAUCGGCGGUGACUCCAUCGGUGCAAUUCGUCUGGUAACCCUGGCCCGAGAGGUCGGCCUGGAACUGACCGUCAAGAACAUAUUUGAUGACCCACGGUUGUCUGGAAUGAGUUCUACGGCAGUGGAGAUCGACUUGGACACUUCCAGGGACGUGGAAUUGCAAGGUCACAACGAUGUUGCUCCCUUCGACCUCCUGGAGCAACCCAUUCGCGACCUCAUGCAAUCACAUCCAGCUAACAAUGACCUUCGCCAGUUGUACGGGCUAUUGGAGACGGACGUUAUCAACGAUGCCUAUCCCUGUACUCAACUUCAAGAAGGUCUCUUGGCCGUCGGAGAGCGCCAGCCUGGAUCAUACAUCCUUAAGACUGUCUACAAACUCCCUGAGCAGGUAGACUUGGCCAAGUUCAAGGCCGCUUGGGAACAUGUCGUUUCUGUCUGUGCCAACCUUCGUACGAGGGUCGCCAUCUUGAAGGGAGAGACCAUUCAACUCACCAUCAAGGAUGAUGUCCACUGGGAAGCCAACGGCCAAGUCAACAACGACUUGGAUUCUUUACUCCAAGGCAUGAAGAAUGUCCGCAUGACCUACGGUUCACGGUUGAGCCGUUACGCUAUCGCCCAAUCUGAGGGCAUCCACUACUUUGUGCUAUUUAUGCAUCACUCGAUCAGUGAUGGGUGGACCAUGAGAAUCAUCAUGGAAACCCUCCACAACGCAUACAACAAUACGGAGAUUCGGUCCCUCAAAUCGUUUGCUGGGCUCGUCAAGUACGCGAGGAACCUUGACAAGGAUGAAGAGGCUCGAUACUGGAGAACACAGCUGCAGGAUGCCCAGCGAGCUGCUUUCCCAUCAUCUACGGUGACCAAAUCGAGCACCAGCCAUGCCACAAAGUCUCUUAAAUCCGCGAUAGACUUCUUGCCGCUCUCAAAAUCCUCCAUUACGAAGGCCACUAUUAUCCGAGCUGCUUGGGCUAUCGUUCUGGCACGGUACAGCGACACUGACGACAUCACUUUCGGAUCGACCGUCUCUGGCCGCCAAGCACCAAUUCGGGGGCUGGACAAAAUGGCGGGAGCCGCAGUCGCAACCGUACCGGUCAGGCAGAGACUAGACAAGUCAAACUCCAUCUCUCAGUUCCUGCACAAGAUCCAAGACCAGGCUGCCGACAUGAUUGCUCACGAGCAGUUUGGCUUGCGUCAGAUCUCUGAGACGAUUCCUGAAGCCAAAGAUGCCCUGGACUUCUCUAGCUUGCUCGUUGUUCAAACAGCUGGAGAGGUCGACCCGACUACCGGUUUGGAGGAUCACGUCUUGUCUCCCGUGGAACUCGCUCAGUUGACCCAGGAGUCGGAUUUUGAGUUCCAAGGCUACUUCAACUAUCCUCUUGUCGUCCAGGGACACAUCGCCGCAAAGGUUGAGUUGCUUCUUGUCUAUGACUCUAGCAUUCUCGAAGAUGCUCAGAUGGAAGCUCUUUCAUCACAAUUUAACCACGUAGUUCAGCAACUGCUUACUCAAGACGAGACCGCCGGAUCCCUCGGCAAUAUCUCCUUGUCUGGUCCUUGGGACUCGCAAAAGGUCAUCCAGUGGAACGCAUCUCCUCCCAAACUGGUCAAUACGUGCAUCCAGGAUAUCAUCGCGACGCAGGCGGCCAAGCACCCGAACAAGGAAGCCAUUGAUGCUUGGGACGGAAAUGCCACAUACGCCCAACUCGAGGCUAUGUCCACGACCUUCGCGAAGCACCUUAUCCGUAACGGUUUGAAACCAGAAAGCCUGGUGCCUGUCUGCUUGGAGAAGUCUCUCUGGGCUUCCGUUGCGAUGUUGGGCGUUUUGAAGGCGGGAGCUGCUAUUGUUCCGAUUGACCCAUCUCAUCCUGAGGAGCGUCAUCGCGAGGUCAUUGAGCAGACUCGAGCUCAGCUUAUUGUUGCAUCACCUUCUGCGAUGGAGGCAUGCGUCAAACUAUCAGCUCGAGUUAUUACCAUUUCAGAGCCCGAGAUGAAUCAUCUCAUCAUGGUGGAAACCAACGUGUACAGGACUGCCUUGCCAAAGACUCAAAGCGAUGACCCCGCAUAUGUCCUAUUCACAUCUGGUUCGACGGGCAAACCCAAGGGCAUCGUUGUCCAGCACCACGCCAUAUGCUCGAGUUUGACCACUCAGUGCAAGGUUCUAGGCCUAUCCGAGUCUAGCCGUGUUCUACAAUUCGGCAACCACAUCUUCGAUGCGGUGAUCACUGAGAUAUUUGGCACCUUGGUCUUUGGCGGCACUGUCUGCACGCCGUCAGAGGCAUCGCGUCUUCAGGACAUCCAGGCUUACAUCAGAGAGACCAGCGUCAACUUUGCCCUUCUCACGCCCUCCUUUGUCAGCACAUUCAAUCCAGCAAACGUCCCAAGCCUCGAAACCCUUGUCUUGGUAGGUGAGGCUCCGACACCGGAUGCCAUCAGUUCGUGGUACCCCUAUGUCAGGCUUCUCAACGGAUACGGACCGACGGAAACAUGCGUUAUCUGCGUGAUCCACGAGUAUCCAUCGAUUGAUGCGUCACCUAGGACCAUCGGUCGUGGCUUCAACAACCUCUGCUGGAUCGUGGAGCCAGAUGAUCAUACCCGCCUUGCACCCGUUGGAUGCACCGGUGAGCUCGUCGUCCAGGGCUACGCCUUGGCACAGGGUUACUUGAACGAUGAGGCCCGGACCAAGCAGUCCUUUGUUCCUGGGGAUGCCGAAGACCUCCGGAUGUACAAGACUGGAGAUCUUGUUCGAUACAACUCCGAUGGUACAACUGAAUACGUCGGUAGACGCGAUGGCCAAGUUAAGCUCCACGGCCAACGUAUUGAACUAGGAGAAAUUGAGCACAGUAUCAAGGAGGCAUGUCCCGAGGCGGAACAUAUCGCUGCAGAUGUAGUCAGCAGAGACUCUGCGAAGCUUCUCAUCGCAUUUGUGUCAUUUGCAGAUGUCGCCACUACGGAUUCUGAUAUCUCUAGCAACAGCCGUUUGGUUUCCAUGAACAACUCGCUACAGACCCGCGUGGCAGGUAUCCUUGACCACCUCCGAGUUAAGCUACCGUCAUACAUGGUGCCGAACGCUCUCUUGGUUUUACGGGACAUGCCUUUCAACACGUCUAUGAAGCUGGACCGCAAGAAUCUCCGCACCUUGGCUGCUGGUCUCACCACCGAUGAGCUCAAGGCCUACACCCUCACCCGUCAAGAAAAGGUGGAGCCCAAGACCGACAUGGAGGUCCGCAUGAGGGAGCUUUGGGCCCAAGUCCUGGGUAUUUCUGCAGACUCGAUUAGCAGAACGGACAGCUUCCUUGGCAUUGGUGGAGAUUCGAUUUCUGCAAUCAAGCUCGUCACACUCGCUCGCGAGAGCAGCGGCAUUGCCAUCACUGUGGCGUCUAUCUUCAAGAACUCGCGUCUUGACAGCAUGGCUGCAGCUGCUGGAGUCGUCGAGGUGGAUAACUUCAUCUCCGAGGUUCAAGAGCAUUGCGGCUUGUCCGAUGCCAGCCAAAUUGAGGACAUUUACCCCUGCACUAGCCUCCAAGAGGGUCUGAUUGCGCUGGCCGUCAAGCAGCCUGGAUCGUAUAUCAGCAGAUUCGUCUAUAAGAUUUCAGAUGGCGUCGAUAUGGCCCGGCUCAUAAGCGCUUGGGAACGUACUGUCUCCGCCUGCAAGAUCUUGCGGACUAGGAUCGCGCUUCUAGACGAUGCAGUGGUGCAGGUUGUAGUUGCAGAUGAGCCUGUUUGGGAGACCUUCGGCGCCGAAAACAACCAUUUGACGCUGAAGAAGACACUUUCUGAGAUGACCAAGAUCGAGAUGGGUUACGGGGCAAGACUCUGCCGUUAUUCACUGGCCAAGGGUGAAGACGGAGCAAACUAUCUCGUCUGGGCCCUUCAUCAUGCCGUCUUUGACGGUUGGACCACUCGUUUGAUUGUCGAGACAUUCCAUCAGGCAUACUAUGGUACCGACCUGGGUACGCCCCCGCCGUAUGCCGACUUCAUCAGGUAUACCAUGGACCUCGACGCGGAAGAUUGCAGCGAAUACUGGAGAAACGAGCUGCAGGAUGCCAAGCGUGCGAUUUUCCCUCCCACUAAGGCGGGACCUGGAGGCGCAAGUAGAACUUUCCGUCAUCGCCUUGCCAUGCCAAACUCUACCGGAACUUCAAUCACGAAGGCGACUAUCCUCCGAGCCGCCUGGGCUAUUGUCCUGGCUCGAUACUGCGCGUCGGAAGAUAUCUGCUUCGGAGCGACCAUCUCCGGACGCACUGCGCCCGUUACCGGAGUCGAUAGCAUUGCCGGCCCGAUUAUUGCGACGGUCCCUCUCAGGGUGAAGGUUGACAGCGAGAAAGCGACGAUAUCUUCAUUCCUUAACAGCCUUCAGGACAAGGCCAUGGACAUGGUUCCAUUUGAACAGUUUGGUCUCCAAAAUAUUACCAAGUUAAGCCAGGAGGCGAAAGAAGCAUGCGAGUUUAGCAGUCUCUUGGUUGUCCAGCCUGUUGCAGACCUCCUGUUCUCUGAUAACCCAACGAAGCCCGUCAUCGAGCAUGCCGACGCUGACGAGCUUACCUCCGAGGCAUUGGAUGGUUACUUCAACUACCCCCUCGUCGUCCAAGGCCAUGUUCACCGCAACAGGGUUGAGCUAGCACUUGUAUAUGAUCCUGAAGUGCUCUCCAGUGCGCAGAUUGACUGUCUUGCACAUCAAUACGACAAUGUUGUCCAGCAACUGCUCAAGCAAGACGAGACUCCUCUCGCCGACGUGGUCAUCACGAGCGCGCUUGAUGUCCAGCUGGCUCAAGAGUGGAACAGUCGCGAUGUUCCAGACAUUGUAUCCUCUUGCUUCCAUGCUAUUUUUGAAGGGCAGGUUAGGAAGCAACCCAACGCGCCAGCAUUGUACGCGUGGGAUGCGCAGUUUACCUACCGCGAGCUGAACAUAGCCGCGAACAAGCUUGCUUGGCAUCUCAUCAAGAGUUGCCAUGUCAGGAGGGGCGACAUAGUCCACACAUGCUUCGAGAAAUCCGCGUGGUUCUUCGUUGCCAUGUUGGCUAUCAACAAAGCCGGCGCCGCGUGGUCGGCGCUGGAUCCGGGACACCCGUCUGAUCGCCAUCGCCAGAUCACCGGGCAGACGGGGUCAAGGCUCACACUGGCCUCGCCUUCUACCCACGACAUUUGUAUGGGACUCACAGACGACGUCCUAGUGGUCUCAGAGGCCCUAGACCGUACCCUGGGCGCGUCUCUCGGUCUUCACACCCCGAAAACCGGCGUUUCGCCCGACAAUGCCGCAUACAUCCUUUUCACCUCUGGCAGUACCGGUGUCCCUAAGGGUUUCGUGAUGGAGCAUGAGGCGGUUUGCAGCAGUCAAAUCGCGAUUCUUAAGAGGUUGGGAAUGCGUGCAGAUGCGAGAAUGCUGCAAUUUGCAUCCUACGUCUUCGAUGCCAUUAUUCUAGAGUCGGUCGGCACUCUCAUUGCUGGAGCCUGUAUCUGCGUCCCUUCAGACCAUAUGCGGAUGAACAACCUUACGGAGUUCAUGAGGGAUGCAAAUGCUACCUGGUCGCUUCUUACCCCGUCCUUCUUGCGUACCCUUACGCCAGAUGACCUGCCCAGCCUCAAAGUGUUGAUAGCCACCGGAGAAGCCGUGGGCAAGGACAUCGUCGAUACGUGGCAUGGCCGAGUACGUCUCUUCAACGGCUGGGGCCCUGCCGAGACCUGUGUGUUUAGCACACUUCAUGAAUUCAGCCCUACUGAUUCUUCACUUACCAUUGGCCGUGGUGUCGGAGGUUUGUGUUGGAUCGUCGAGCCCAAGGACCCUCGACGUCUGGCGCCGACUGGUUGCAUUGGCGAAAUCGUCAUACAAGGGCCGACCCUGUUACGUGAGUAUCUCGGCAAUAAGCAACUUACAGAGCAAACCACGGUUCGGCCACUCCCUGGCUGGGCACCCCGCCGUGAGCAACCUCGCUGGAAUCGAUUCUACAAGUCUGGCGAUCUCGGUUUCUACAAUAAGGCCGACGGCACCAUCGAGUUUUCCAGUCGCAAGGACACGCAAGUUAAGAUUCGUGGUCUGCGUGUUGAGUUGAGUGAAGUCGAGCAUCACGUCCGCGCGGCUCUUGAAGGUGUCUGCCAAGUGGCCGUGGACGUGUUCAAGACUGAAGCCAGCACCAACCUGGUCGCAUACUUCUGCUUCAACAAUGAUACUCAGGCUUCUAGUCUGGAAAGCCCCUUCAUGCCCAUCACUAGCAGCCUCAAGAGAACCAUUGCAACCAUGGCUGGUCAGCUGGCUGUGCGUUUGCCUCAGUACAUGGUGCCGACGCUUUUCGUACCCUGCAAACACAUGCCCGUCAUCACAUCAACGAAAUUGGACAGGAAGAAGCUCAGGAGCCUUACCGCUGCUCUUGACCAACAGGAACUCGUCAUGUACUCGCUGGCAGACGGGAAACAUCGCCAGCCUGAGACCGAAAGUGAAACUCGGAUGCAGAAGCUCUGGUGCGAUCUCUUGGGCCUACCAGUAGAGAUGGUUGGCCGAGACGACAGUUUCCUCCGCAUUGGAGGCGAUUCCAUCUCGGCUAUUCGUCUGGUCUCUGCCGGUCGUAAGGCCGGUUUCGCUUUCUCAGUCAAGGACAUUUUUGAUGACCCUAGACUUUCGGCUCUAAGUCUGAAGUUGAAGGCAACCGACAGCGAGGAUAGUCAAGUCGUCGAAGACAACACUCCCUUCAGCUUAUUGACAAAACCAAUUCAGGAUGUCGUGAGGCAUCACUCUGCGGGUAAUAGCCCAUCUGUCGACGGCCAAGGUUCAAGCCCAUCUCUCCGCGAUAUUUGCAACUUGUCGCAGAAUGCUCUCAUUGAGGAUGCCUACCCCUGCAGUAGACUGCAAGAAGGCCUGAUGGCGCUCGCGGUCAAGCAGCCCGGCUCUUAUGUAGCGCGCCAUGUCUACCGGUUGGGAGACGUCGAUAUGGCCAGGUUCAAGUCUGCUUGGGAGAAGACAGUCUCUUUGUGUGAGAACCUGCGCACCAGAAUUGUACUUUUCCAGGGCGAGUCUAUCCAAGUUGUUAUCACAGACGAUAUUGUCUGGGAUACAGAACACGACAGCAACAAAACCAUGGGCUACGGCUCUAGGCUUUGCCGCUACAAGAUCAUUCAAGGCGCAGACGGUAGCAAUUACUUCAUCUGGACCAUUCACCACGCCAUUAACGAUGGCUGGACGGACCGGAUGGUCAUGGAAACCCUACACCAAGCCUACCGCCACCCCGACCGCAAAAUCCGGGCACCGGCUCCGUACUCCAGGUUCAUUCGAUACAUGCUUCACCUGGACCAUGAAGCCGGGUCUAGAUACUGGGCUGACCAGCUCCGCGAUGCAAAGAGAACACAUUUCCCGGUAACGCGGUCCGCGCCCCUGCCGGUCACUGAAAGUACGGAGACCAUCACGACCCGUAUAUCAAAGACUAGCAUCGCCUUCCCGGAGUCUUUAAACAACCGCGUGACCGCGGCCACUGUCCUUCGCGCAGCCUGGGCUCUUGUCCUCUCUCGCCACACUGACUCGGAGGAUGUCUGCUUCGGAACCACCGUCUCCGGCCGUCACGCCCCGUUGGACGGAAUUGAAGAUGUAGCGGGACCCGUCGUUGCUACGGUUCCCGUCCGAGUCCGGAUCGACCGGCAACAGUCCAUCACUGGCUUCCUGGACCAAAUCCAAAGCCAGGCCACGGGCAUGGUGGCACAUGAGCAGUUUGGCCUGCAGAAUAUUGCUAAGCUGAGCCCCGAGGCUAGAGAUGCCUGCGAUCUAUCUAGCCUGUUUAUCGUGCAGCCUGCACAGCAGCUUCAGUACACGGCAGCUGACUCUGCUUCCCCGUUCCUAGAGGCUGCUGCUGAUAAUGAGGAUAUGGCGAACAUGUUUGAGGGUUCCAGCUAUGUCAACUACCCUUUCGUCUUGCAGGCACAUACCUAUACCGGCCGUGUUGAAAUCGUCGUAUUUUACGAUACAAAACUCCUCGAGGAGUCCGAAGUUCAGACAAUCGCACACCACUACGAGACUGCCGUGCAACAGCUCUUGUCUCAUGACGGCCACGGGUCACUUGAGACGGUUAGUCUUACGGGUGCGAAAGAUAUGGCGCAAAUCAUGGAGUGGAACAACAUAGUUCCUCGCCUCGAGCAGACAUGCGUGCAUGAUCUGUUCCAUAUGUCUUGCGCUGAGAACCCAACCAAGGACGCCGUUGCCUCCUGGGACGGAACUCUCACCUAUGCGGAGCUGGACGUUCUAUCCACCAAGCUCGGUAAGUACCUUAUGGACCUUGGUGUUGGUCCUGAGACGGUUGUGCCGUUCUGCUUCGACAAAUCCAUGUGGGCAGUCGUGGCCAUGAUGGGCAUUAUCAAGGGCGGCGGCGCCUUCGUACCCCUCGACCCGUCGCACCCACCAUCACGCCAUGAGGCAAUUCUGCGUCAAGUCGGUGCUACGAUGGUACUCACUUCGACUAAAAUCGCUGCUUCAUUCUCUGGAAGAGUCCCAAUCGUCAUCCCGCUCUCUCACGAAUUCUUUUCCGGGAAACGUGUUCUCCGUCUGCCGCCCCUUUCUGUUUCCACGACCGAGAUCAUCACACCCGCGGCCCCUCACAAUAUGGCCUAUAUUAUCUUCACCUCCGGAUCAACUGGAACUCCUAAGGGUAUUAUGGUUGAGCAUGCCGCGCUGUGCUCGAGCAUCGUUGGUAUCAGCAGCGAGUUUGGAGAAAGCCUUGGCUCCCGCGUGCUGCAGUUCUCAAGCUACGUCUUUGAUGCCGCUGUCAUUGAGAUCCUUGGCACUUUGGCAUACGGAGGAACUAUUUGUGUGCCAUCCGAUACUCAAAGACUACAAGAUAUUGCCGGCUACGUCACCGAAGCCCAAGUAAACAUGGCUAUUGUUACCCCAUCGUUCGCGAGCACAAUCCACCCCGACACAGCGCCAUCAGUGCGGACUUUGGUCCUUGUUGGCGAGGCGUCCAAUGAGGAGGUUGUACGGACUUGGACACGAAAAAACGUUCGUCUUCACAAUGGAUACGGUCUAUCCGAGACCUGUGUUGUAUGCACAACCUACGACUUUGGAACCGCUGCAGACUUGGGCCAGAAUGCCACCACCAUUGGCCGUCCGUUUAAUGCCAGAUGUUGGAUUGUCGAGCCCGACAACCACAAUGUUUUGACUCCACUGGGAUGUAUCGGUGAGCUUGUCGUCGAAAGCUAUGCCCUCGCCCGCGGCUACCUCAAUGAUGAGCAACGAACAAAGAGACUGUUCCUCAAAAAGACUGCUUGGUCACCGACUCAGCAAGAUGCCAAUGGACCAAGGUUAUACCGCACCGGAGACUUGGUACGGUACAACUCGGACGGCACAAUUGCCUUCGUUGGUCGUGCCGAUACACAAGUGAAGCUUCGUGGCCAGCGUAUCGAGUUGGCGGAGAUCGAGCACCACCUCAAGAAUGCCUGCGUCGAGACCUGCCAUGCGGUUGUCGAUAUCAUUCACCGUGACUCCAACGAGACUCUAGUUGCGUUCCUCUCCUUCACUGACAUUGAACAGGGCUUUGAAGAUACUGACAUACAGGUUCUGCCCAUGGAAGGUGCUCUUCAAGAACGCCUGUCCAAAAUGCUGGGUGAUCUUCAGGCCAAGCUCCCAAGAUACAUGGUUCCCGGGCUUCUGCUGCCUCUGAGCAAAAUGCCCUUUAGCACGUCUAUGAAGCUCGAUAAGAAGAAGUUGCAGACGAUCGCCAAAGAUCUGUCGCAGGAGCAGCUUGCCACGGUCUCCAACCUGAUCAGCCACCGCGAAAUUGUUGCUCCAACGACCGAAAUGGAGUUCAAGCUGCGUGAUCUCUGGGCAGAUGUACUCAAGAUUCGUCCUGAAGGCAUUAGUAGACACGACAGCUUCUUGCGCAUCGGUGGGGACUCCAUCUCAGCCAUCAAACUUACAACCCAGGCGCGUCUCCACGGGAUUGGCCUCACAGUGGCAUCCGUGUUCAAGGACUCCCGGCUCGACAUCAUGGCCGCCAACGCUGAGAUUCUAGAAGACGCAGUGACCAUUCAGGCAGAGCCAUUCAGCAUGCUUCCGAUGCCUGAGGUCGACCUCGCCAUAUCUCAUGCCGCCGAGCAGUGUGGCCUCCCUGUUGACGCAAUUGAAGACGUCUACCCCUGCACUAGGCUUCAGGAAGGUCUCAUGGCACUGGCCGUCAAGCAACCAGGCACCUACAUCGCCCGUUUCUUCUUCCGGUUGGCUGAGGAUGCGGAUAUUGACCGAUUCAAAGCCGCCUGGGAGCGGACCGUUGCGCUCUGCGGAGUCUUGAGAACCAGAAUUGUCUUUUACAAGGGCUCGUUCUACCAGGUUCUGGUUAAAGACGACAUCGAUUGGACGACAAUGGGAUCCGCCAAUAUUGAAGCCUCGCAAGUGUCCAAGAAUGCCCGAGAAGUUGAAAUGACGACUGGCUCAAGGCUUUGUCACUACGCCCUGAGCAAGGCGCAAGAUGGAUCGACACACUUCACUUGGGUCAUCCACCAUGCUGUCUACGACGGUUGGACCGUUCGGUUGAUUACGGAAGCUCUCUACCGGGCCUACCACAAUAUGGAAACAGCCGAUUCUACUCCCCGACCGUAUUCAAGCUUCAUCCAAUAUGUCAAUGGCCUGGAUGUCGACGCCGGGGCUGAAUACUGGAGAUCUCAGCUGCAAGACGCGAAGCGCGCCACUUUCCCUCCCCCUAGUCCGCCAACAGCUGCUGCAUCAGGCGUAGACUCCAGUCGCUCCCUUAACCAGACUGUAAAGUUGCCCACUAUGGGAACCGAAUCUUCCAUCACAAAAGCCACGAUACUUCGCUCAGCGUGGGCUCUUCUGCUCUCGCGCUACUGCGACAGCGAUGAUGUGUGCUUCGGCACGACUAUUUCUGGCCGACAAGCCCCGGUUGCAGGUAUUGAGUCUAUCACAGGUCCUAUCAUCGCAACAGUACCACUGAGAGUGCGACUUAACGGGCGCCAGCAAAAGACAGUAUCAGAGUACCUUCUCGAUGUACAGAACCAGGGCGUCGACAUGGUACCGUACGAACAAUUCGGACUACAGUCUAUCGCCAAGCUCAGCCCCGAGGCCAAGGACGCAUGCGACUUUAGCAGUUUGCUCGUCAUUCAACCCAUGCCUCACUUGACAUACUCGGGUGAGUCUGGCGCGCUUCUGGAGUCAUCGGGAUCCCGAGAAGACGCCAUGAAGGAGCUCCAGGGAUACUUCAACUACCCCCUUGUGGCUCAGGGCCAUAUCCACGACGAUAAGGCCGAGCUCGUUCUCAUCUAUGACUCUCGUGUCUUGUCCGAGAGCCAAGUUGCAGGUCUUUCUCGGCAGUAUGCCCAUUUGGUGCAGCAACUUGGCUCCGCAAACUCAGACAAACCACUGGCGGAUAUCGAUCUGGCAGGCCCUUGGGACCUUCAGCAAGCGCUCGAGUGGAACAAUACUGAGCCUAACGUGAUUGACGAUUGUGUGCACCACUUCAUAGAGCGACAUGCCCGGAACGCGCCUAACUCUCUCGCCGUGAGUGCUUGGGACGGCGAGCUUACUUACAGCCAACUGAACACUGCGGCCAACAGGCUCGCGGCGCAUCUCGUGACAGACUUUGGUGUGGCCAAUGACGAUAUGGUACAUGUCUGUUUCGAAAAGUCAGUCUGGUUCUUCGUGUCUAUUGUUGCGCUUAACAAGGCCGGAUGUGCCUGGGUUCCUCUCGAGCCGUCCCAUCCCCUUGAGCGACAACGCCAGGUUGCCAGCCAAACGGCCGCCAACCUUGCACUAUCCUCUCCUUCCAAUGCCGCCAUGUGUGCUGAACUGGUUCCGCGCGUCCUCCAAGUAUCCUCGGCACUUGACGACAAACUUCUUCAAUCCAGCUCGAACCCAGCCUGCUUGAUGGGUCGUGGAAUUACCUCAAGAAACGCUGCUUACGUCCUGUUUACCUCGGGCAGUACCGGCACACCCAAGGGUUUGGUCAUGGAGCAUAGGUCCGUCUGUACAGCCCUAGUCGAUAUCGGCAAACGCGUAGGAAUUCAUUCCGGAGCUCGCAUGCUCCAAUUCGCGUCCUACGUCUUCGACGCUUGUAUUGGAGAGGCUCUCGGUGCUUUCAUCGCUGGCGCGUCUAUUCAUGUCCCCUCUGAGGAGAUGCGCAUGAACUCCAUCAGGGAGUUUAUCAAAGAACACAAUGUGACUUGGGCGUUAUUGACCCCUGCCUUCAUCCGAACACUUCAGCCCGAGGACAUCUCCUCACUACAGACUCUAAUGUUAGCUGGCGAGGCCGUCGGCCGUGAUAUUCUCCAGAAGUGGUUCGGAAAGGUUCGCCUCUUCAACGGCUGGGGCCCUGCCGAGACGUGCGUCUUCAGCACGGCGCAUGAAUGGAAAUCAGCCACCGACUCGCCUUUGACAAUCGGUAAACCCGUGGGCGGCCUUGUCUGGCUUGUUGACCCAGAGGAUCCUCAACGCUUGGCGCCUAUCGGAUGUGUUGGAGAAGCCGUCGUUCAAGGCCCAACUAUCCUGAGGGAGUACCUCUCUAACCCGACAAAGACUGCAGAGUCUACGGUCACAUCCCUUCCACCGUGGGCGCCGCGUCGACACCAACAAGGGUGGAAUCGCUUCUUCAAAACUGGUGAUCUAGGAUGUUACAACCCAGACGGUACCAUCGAGUUCAUUAGUCGCAAGGACACACAAGUCAAGAUCCGAGGAUUCCGAGUAGAGUUGGAAGAGGUUGAAGGCGCUGUUCGCGACUCUCUUGAGGGCGUUCGACAGAUUGCAGUUGAUGUCUUCCGUGGAGAAACCGCGGGAGUUCAUCUUGUUGCGUACUUCUGCUUCAGUCAUGCCACCCAUACGACAGGCACCAAGGCCGGCGAUGAACAGAAAGACGUCUUCACGCCUCUGACGCCGGAUCUCCAGCGCCGAAUCUCAGCCAUGACCUCCGCACUCAGUAGAAAGCUGCCUCAGUAUAUGGUUCCUACGCUGUUUGUACCUUGCCAGUCUAUGCCAGUCAUUUCCUCGACCAAGCUGGACAGAAAGACCCUCCGUGCUUUAACUGCGGCUCUUGAAAGGGAUGAGAUUGCGCAAUACUCUCUUAUCAGCGCGGAGAAGCGAGCGCCUGAGACCCUGCUGGAGAGCCAGCUGCAGCAAAUCUGGGCAGAGGCCCUCGGUAUUCCGGCCAAGACUAUCGGUCUGGACGACAGCUUCAUUGCGCUGGGCGGUGACUCCAUCGUGGCUAUUGCAGUCACAACAACAGCCCGGGAGCAAGGCAUCCUACUAACCGUGGCGGACAUGUUCAAAGACCCUCGCCUCUGUGCGGUGGCUGCAACAGCCAAGCUUGUAUCGACCGACCUGCCAGUGGACGAUGGAAAGCCUUGGAGUUUACUCCCUCCCAGUGAGCACGAUUCUGUCAAGGAGACGGCCGUUGAGCAAUGCAAGGUCCAUCCUCGCCGCAUUGUCGAUGCGUUCCCAUGCACCGGCAUCCAAGAAGGCCUGAUCACACUUGCGGAGAGAUACCCAGGCUCCUACAUGGCUCGCUUCAACAUCCCCCUUCCGACGAUUGUGGACCUUGAACUCUUUAAAGAGGCCGUGGCUUGUAUGGUACGCGCAUGCGAGAACCUUCGCACCAGGUUCAUCAUGACCGCGCAGGGCCCCCGCCAGAUUAUCGUCCAUGAGGCAGUGGCAUGGCAGAACCACGAACCAGAGCCUCUCUCUGAAGUCGCUGCAAGGGGACCUCCUACGGUGGGCUAUGGCACACGUCUAUCCUUCUACACCUUGGCUUAUGAGGGCGAUGAUGUUUGCAUGGUUUGGGAUAUACAUCACUCCAUCUUUGACGGUUGGACGCUAGGUCGCAUGGUCCAGGUCCUCCAGGACGCCUGCGCCGGCAACAAAAUCACUCAGCCUUUGUCUUACAGCAAGUUCGUCAGUUACACCAAGUCUUGCACCCCCGAUCGGGCGCGUGAGUACUGGCUCUCUCAGCUGAGUGGCGCAGACCCUGUUGAGUUCCCUGUUGUUCCCGCUGGUAUAUCUGAAGUCCGCUGUGACGGAGCCGUCCUCCGCAAUAUCAAUGUUCCGGAAAGACCAGGUUCCAGCAUCACUACUGCCACUGUUCUACGAGCUGCUUGGGCUGUUGUAUUGUCGCGGUACAGCGGCAGUGCCGGAGUUGUCAUGGGCAGCACGGUCUCCGGUCGCGGAGCUCCGAUCCCGGGAAUCCACAAUAUCCUCGGCCCCACUAUCGGCACCGUCCCGGUACAUGUUCAAGUCAACGCAUCCGACCGUGUUUCCGACUUCUUGGAUGGCGUGCAAAGCCAGUCCAACGCCAUGAUUCCUUUUGAGCACACUGGUCUGCAGACGAUUGCCAAGUACAGCCCGCUCGCCCGCGACGCGUGUGAUUUCAAAAACCACCUUGUUAUCCAGCCAUCUAGCAAGGCAGCUAAUGCGCCUGAGACCAGCAUCAAGCUCAACGACAUGACCGCCGGAAAGAACGACAGCUACGACGUUUAUACUCUCGUCUUCCAGUGCAUGAUAGGCGAGAAGAGCUUGGUCGAGAUUAUGGCAUCGCACGACACCCGCGUCAUUCCAACGGCAAUGAUGGACCGCAUCUGCGACCAGUUCGCCCAUGUCGUCAGGCAGUUGUCCACCAACGACCGCAGCCUCCAUCUCUCAGACGUGGAUCUUUGCGGACCGGAGGAUCUAAACCAGAUCACGCAGUGGAAUGUGACAGAACCUCCUACUGCUGUUCGCGAAUGCGUCCACGAGAUGAUCACUAGACGCGCCGCCUCCCAGCCCAAGCACCCAGCUGUUGAUUCUUGGGACGGUCAGCUUACCUACGCUGAGCUGGAUCAGCUUUCCAAUAAACUUGCGGCACAUCUGCGUUCUCUUGGCGUCUGUUCGGAGACCUAUGUACCGACCUGUUUUGAAAAGUCCAAGUGGGCGACAGUCGCGACGCUGGCAGUGCUCAAGGCCGGCGCAGCGUUUGUUCCUCUCGAUCCUACCUAUCCAGAUUCACGCCGCCAUCAGCUCGCAGAGCAGGUGGGCGCACAAGUUAUUCUUGUCUCUCCAAAGACGGAAUCGUGCUGUGCCGGCACGGCGCCGACUAUUGUUUGUGUUUCAGAAACCCUCAUGUCGGGGCUGCCGAACGUGGUUCCCAGCUCAUCGAACGCAACCCCCGACAACGCUGCCUAUGUCAUUUUUACCUCUGGGUCCACAGGCAAGCCUAAAGGCGUUGUCAUCGAUCACCUCGCGCUCUGCUCCAGCAUCAUGGGCCACGGACCCGCUUACGGACUAACACCGUCAUCGCGAGUCUUGCAGUUUUCCAACUACGUGUUUGACGGUAGCUUAAACCGAUUACAGGAGACAGCCGAGUUCAUCCGUAACAAGAACGUCAACGUGGCCAUGUUGACCCCUUCUUUUGCAACGACCUUGACCCCUGAAGAAGUCCCCGGCCUUGAGACGCUUCUUUUGGGAGGCGAGGCUUUGAACGCGCAGAAUCUCGACACCUGGUUCGGCCACGUCAAGCUUAUCAACGCCUACGGUCCUACUGAGACUUGCGUCGACUGCGUCUCGCAUAUCUUCACCUCGGCAGACGAGUUGCCGGCAACUAUAGGCCGGAGCCAGAACGCGGCUUCAUGGAUUGUGGAUCCCGAAGAUCACAAUCGUCUAGCCCCAAUUGGAUGUGUUGGAGAGCUGAUUGUGCAGGGAUAUACCCUCGCCCGUGGUUAUCUUAAUGAUACCGAGCAAACCGCCAAAGUCUUCAUUGAGAAUCCCGCCUGGCUUGCACAGUUCCCCAAGACACCGCAGCCGCUUCAAAGAUUCUACAAAACUGGAGACCUGGUUAAGUACAAUUCAGACGGUGCCAUAGAGUACCUUGGCCGCCGCGACAACCAGGUGAAGCUCCGAGGCCAGCGCAUCGAGCUCGCUGAAAUCGAAUACCAGAUCAAAAAGGCUUGUCCCACCAUUGAGCACGCCGCAGUAGAGGUCAUCAAGCGGGAGACCGGAGAUACCUUGCUUGGUUUCGUCACCUUCCGUGGGGACGAAAGCAAAAAAGCUGAAGUUUCAUCUCAGGGCCAGCAAGACGCAAACCUCACUCUCGCCCCGACUAAUGAGGUCACCGAUGCCGAGAUUGUCUCUGUGUUGGCCAGUCUCAAGGCUGCGCUGCCUGAGUACAUGAUUCCCUCCGCUAUCCUCACCCUUUUGGAAAUGCCUUUCGGAGCAUCUAUGAAGCUCAACAGAAAAGCCCUUCGAACUUUCGGAAGCAGUCUAGCGGCCGAAAGCCUAGCAAGCAAGGCAUUGGUAACCACCCAUAAACCAUCCGCCUCCCGCCCAACCACCGCAGUGGAACUGAAGCUUCGUGAUCUGUGGGCUCAAAUCCUCCAUAAGUCUCCAGAGACCAUUGACAAGAACGAUAACUUCUUGCGUAUUGGAGGUGACUCCAUCACAGCUAUUCAGCUUGUCACUCUCGCCCGCAAGAACGGCAUCACCAUCACCGCCAGCUCCAUCUUCAAGGAUGCCAGACUGAGCAGCCUUGCUUCGACCGCCACACUUGUUGACGGAGAGUUCGUUCACGUUGAAGCUCUACCUUUCAGCUUGAUCAACGCGUCUUCGGUUGAUGGGAUCCUUAGCCAGGCUGCCGAGCAAUGCGGUCUUGCUGGUGUUCAGGCCAUUGAAGACACAUACCCAUGCUCCAAGUUCCAGGAAGGCCUUAUGGCGCUGGCCGUGAAACAGCCUGGAUCUUAUGUUGCGAAGCUUCUCUACAAGAUUCCCGGUGACAUUGACUUGGACAAGUUCAAGACUGCAUGGGAAAAGACGGUGGCUCUCUUCCACAACCUGCGAACCAGGAUGGUAUUCAUUGACGGCGCUACGAUCCAGGUGGUGCUGCGAGACGAGGAGAACCAAUGGGACUUCUUCGGAGAUAUCAGCGUCCGUGACGCGUUAGCAGGCACACCAGAGAUGGCUCACGGUUUGCGCCUGUGUCGAUACGCCGUGGCCAAGGGUGAGGACGGCUCAAACUACUUUGUUCUGACUCUCCACCACGCCAUCUACGACGGCUGGUCUUUGGGCAUCAUCAUGCAAGCCCUGCACAAGACAUACUACGGUGAUGAUAAUCACGAAGUCGUCCCAUACUCUCGGUUCAUCAAGUAUGUUACCGAAUCCGACUACGAUGCCGGUAGUCGAUACUGGAUGGAGCAACUUCGCGAUGUCAAGCCAGCAACUUUCCCGCCCGUUGCUCGCGUCGUGGAAACUCCAAAGACAUGUAUCACUAGCAACAUUAUCAGCUCCCCGGUCUCGACUGACUCUGCCGUGACCAAAGCCACGAUUCUUCGUGCGGCCUGGGCUAUCUUGCUCGCUCGGUAUUCCGAAGACACGGAUGACAUCUGCUUCGCAACGUCAGCGUCCGGCAGACAGGCGCCGGUGCCGGGCUUGGAAGACAUGGCUGGCCCGGUGGUCGCCACGGUUCCCCAUCGUAUUCGUCUCGACCAGGAAAAGCCCAUAUCACAGUUUCUUCGCGAUGUCCAGGAGCAGGCGGCUGAGAUGGUUCCGUUCGAGCAGUUCGGUCUGCAAGAGAUUGCCAAGUUGAACGCCGAGACGAGAGAAGCCUGCAACUUUUCCAGUCUGUUCGUCAUCCAGCCGGCCCAGUCUGCCGAUGAUGCUGAUGAUGACGCCUCGGGCCAGGUCCUUGUUACGGCCAGCGCUGAACAAUUUCACGGCAGCGAGUCCAUCGGAGGCUACUUUAGUUACCCUCUGGUGGCGCAAGCUCAUGUGUUUGAUAAUUUUGUCGAGUUGAGUCUCAUCUACGACGCCAACAUUCUGCCGGAAUCCCAAAUGCUGGCCCUCUGCAAUCAAUUCGACAAUAUUGUGCAGCAACUUCUGCCCCAGAAUCAGAGUCCUUUGGGAAGCUUGUCUGUUGCGGGGUCUUUCGAUCUUCAGCAGUCGAUCCAGUGGAACGACGAGUACACUCCCAUCGUCAACGCAUGUUUCCACCAGCUUCUCGAGGAGCAGGCGGUCCGAAGACCAUCUGCACCAGCCGUCCUCGCUGCUGACGGGGAACUCACCUACGUCGCCCUGAACAGAACCGCAAACAGACUCGCGCACCACCUUGUCAAGCUGGGUGUCGAGGUUGGUGACCUUGUACACGUCUGCUUCGAGAAGUCUGUAUGGUUCUUCGUCUCAAUCUUGGCCAUCAACAAGGCCGGCGCCGCCUGGGUACCGCUCGAUCCAUCCCAUCCCGAGGAGCGUCAGAAGCAGGUGACGACUCAGACCAAGGCAAGAUUCGCGCUGGCAUCUGUCGCAAAUGCUCAGCGAGUCGCCAACCUUGUACCGACAGUCAUCGAGGUCUCAAAGGCUCUCGAUGAGAGCCUCCUAAAGAACUUCAAGGCCGAAAACAGCAGGGCUGCGCCCAAGACCAGCGUUGGACCUCGAGAUAUCUGUUAUGUGCUCUUCACUUCCGGCAGCACCGGCACACCUAAGGGUGUUGUUCUAGAGCAUAGAUCUGUCUGCACAAGCCAACUAGCAGCCGGAAAGAGGCUUAAGAUGACGCGUGAUGUACGCAUUAUGCAGUUUGCCUCGUACGUCUUCGACAUGUCGGUCGCAGAGACAAUUAUGCCAUUGAUACACGGAGCUUGUAUCUGUGUGCCUUCAGAGGAUACUCGGUUGAGCGGUCUUCUUUCUGAGUUCAUCCGCAACAUGCGCAUCAACUGGCUUUUCCUUACGCCGGCUUUUGGUCGUCUUAUUUCACCUGACGACGUUCCUGAUGUAAAGCUGCUUCUUCUCGGUGGAGAAGCUUUAAGCCGUGACAACCUCGACAGGUGGCUCGGUAGGGUUCGACUCAUCAACGCUUGGGGCCCGACCGAGACAUGCGUUUUCGGCACCAUGCAUGAAUGGACCUCGUCCGCUGAGUCUCCGUCCCCACUUACUAUCGGUCGACCGAUCGGCGGCUACUGCUGGAUUGUCGAUCCCCGAGACCACAAACGGCUUGCGCCCAUCGGAUGUGCCGGUGAGAUUGUCUUCCAAGGCCCCACUAUGCUCCGCGAGUAUCUUGACAACCCCGAGCGCACGGCGGAGAGCACAGUCCGAGAACUACCGGAGUGGGCACCCAAGCUGCCCGGAUUCGAGAGGUUCUUCAAGUGCGGCGAUUUGGGACGGUACAAUGCAGACGGAACCAUCGAGUUCAUCAGCCGCAAAGACACACAAGUAAAGAUCCGUGGUUUGCGUGUUGAACUUGGGGAAGUAGAGUACAGUAUUCGUGCCGUCAUGGACAUUGAGGAGGUUGCUGUUGACGUCUUCCGAACCGAAGAACGUGCGAUACUCGUGGCAUACUUUGGCUGUGGCAACGAGAACACUGAAGACGACGGUGAUCUCUUCCUAGCCACCUCUCCUAACUUUGAGCGCCGCGUAAGGGCCAUGGUCGGCGAUCUGCGUGCCCAACUACCGCAUUACAUGGUGCCUACAGCAUUCAUCCCAUGUCGGAGACUACCUUUCGUUACCUCUGCCAAGCUUGACAGGAAGAAGUUGCAGAAACUCACGGCCGACCUAGACCGCGAUCAACUGGCAACUUACUCUCUUGUUGACGCACAGAAGCGAGCUCCCGUUACGGCCAUGGAGAUGCGUCUUCAAAAGAUAUGGGCUGACGUUUUGCGUCUGCCUGUGGAGUCUAUCGGUCGAGAUGACGACUUCAUCGCCCUCGGAGGCGACUCCAUCGCAGCCAUCUCCGUCUCAACUAAGGCCCGCGAGAGCGAUAUUUCCAUCACUGUCGCCAAGCUCUUCGAAGACCCACGUCUCCUCGCCGUCGCCGCCACUGCUACUUGGCUGAGCGAGUCCCCGUUCAACGACGACGCUGAACCCUGGAGCUUGAUGCCGAGUGACAGCCGAAAUAUGAUUACUGAGACGGCCAUCGAGCAAUGCCGAGAACACCGACUGCUGCUCUCAGAGUCCAUCGUUGAUGCGUUCCCCUGUACGCCACUGCAAGAGGGUCUCCUCACUCUUGCAGAGACAAGACCGGGAUCGUACAUGGCACGCUUGACGAUUACUGCGCCUGAGGGGCAGUCACUCGACAUCAACCGGCUCAAAGAAGCCGUGGCCAUGACCGUAUCGGUUUGCACCAAUCUUCGGACCCGUUUCCUCUUAUCCGCGCAAGGCCCUGUUCAGAUCAUUGUCGAUGAAGUGAUGACCUGGCAGCAACCAGAUGAGCUCAUCCGGCUCUCGGAUGCCCUGUCUACUGCUGCGCCUACGGUCAGUUACGGAUCACCGCUAUCCUACUUCACACUUACCAGAGACGACCAAGACCGGGUUUCUCUGCUCUGGGAUGUGCAUCACUCCGUUUUCGACGGCUGGACAAUGGGCCACAUGAUGCAGAUUAUGCAGGAGGCCUAUUACAACGGCAGCGUAUCGACUCAACCCGUCUCCAUCGCCAACUAUGUCAGACACACACAAGCCGUGACCGAGGAAGAGUGCCGCUACUACUGGCUUGAUCAGCUCGACGGAGUCGACUCCACCAAGUUCCCGAGCCUCCCCGUCGGCAUGUCCGGUUCCGAGGUCCGGUGCACUGGCACUUUAACCCGCCGCCUCCGUAUUGUCGAGUGGCCCAGAUCCGGAAUUACAACCCCCAGCCUGUUACGUGCUGCCUGGGCCCUUCUAGUAGGCCGGUACUCGGAGAGUGACCGCGUAGUCUUCGGCGGUACCGUGUCCGGUCGUACUGCAUCUGUCGUCGGCAUCGAGAGAAUUCUCGGUCCUACCAUCUCCACCGUCCCGAUCCAAGUUCACGUUGACAAGAGUCUAACAGUGGGCGAUUUCUUGGGCAAGAUCCAGAAGCAAGCGAACUCAAUGAUUCCUUUUGAGCACACCGGCCUCCAGAACAUCGCCAAGUACAGUUCAGAGGCACAGGAGGCCUGUGAUUUCCACAAUCACCUUGUCAUUCAGCCUGCGCCCCCUGCCACCGACGAACAGCAGCAGGCUUCAGGGCUCGUAAUCACCGAUGUUGCCAACGAAAACGAGAGCUUUGAUAUUUAUCCUCUUGUGAUGCAGUGCAAUGUCGGAUCCGACAACACUGUGGACGUCAGUGCCUCCUUUGAUCCUCGUGUCAUCCCAGAGACGCAGUUACGCCGAGUUUGUGAUCAAUUCGGACACGUUGUCAACCUGUUGGCCAGCGCCAAUGAAACUUUAAAGAUGUCUGAUAUCAAUGCGUGCGGUCCUCUUGAUAUCGACCAGAUUCGGGAAUGGAAUUUCGAGACUCGGCCACCGCCAGAGGCCGUCCGCGCUUGUGCUCAUGAGCUGAUUCAUCAGCAAGCCAUCAAGAACCCGAGAAGUGAGGCCAUCUACUCAUGGGAAGGUAACCUGACCUAUGGUCAACUCGACGCUUUGUCAACAGCCUUGGCUGCCCACCUUGUCGGCCUCGGUGUCGGGCCGGAGGUUCUGGUUCCCAUGUGCUUUGAGAAAUCCAGGUGGGCAGUGGUCGCUAUGCUUGGUAUUAUGAAAGCCGGUGGUGCUUUCGUGCCUCUGGAUCCCUCAUACCCGGCCGACCGCAAGGAAGAACUUGUACGGAGAGUAGAUGCUCGGGUCGUUGUGGUAUCGUCUGCGAUGGCUGAAUCCUGCGCCAGCUUGGCACAGCAUGUCGUUCAACUCUCCUCCACGACGAUUUCUCAACUUUCCUCUUUCUCCGAGCAUCAACCAGCAUCAUCUCUUCCCUCAACUUCGUAUGAGAGCCCGGCCUACGUCAUCUUUACUUCGGGCUCGACUGGAAAGCCCAAGGGUGUUGUCAUGGAACACAUGGCCCUUUCAUCCAGCAUGAUGGGCCACGGCAAGGCAUACGGCCUUUCUUCCUCUUCUCGCGUGCUUCAAUUCUCCAACUUUGUCUUCGACGGAAGCCUCAGCGAAAUCCUGACCCCCUUGGUCUUUGGAGGCACUGUUUGUAUCCCGGCCGAAGGCGACCGUAUCCAUAACGUCGCUCGCUUCAUGAACGAUGCCGGUGUGAACGUCGCAAUGCUUACCCCGUCAUUCGUUACUACACUGUCACCCGAAGAUCUUCCACGACUCAACACACUCCUACUCGGUGGCGAGGCCUUGACAAAGCAAAACGUGGAACUUUGGUUCCCCCUUGUUGACAGACUCAUCAACGCCUACGGACCAACCGAGACCUGCGUCGACUGCAUGUCCCAUAUCUUCAAGUCCGCAGAUGAAUCCCCUACCACAAUCGGCCGCAGCCAGAACGCAACAGCCUGGAUUGUAGACCCUGAUAACCAUCAUCAACUAGCCCCUAUCGGCUGCGUUGGUGAGCUUCUCGUCCAGGGCUAUACAUUGGCCCGCGGCUACCAUGAUAAUGCGCAGCAAACCCAGGAUGCUUUUGUCGAAAACCCUGGGUUCCUGUCCGCCUUCAAUACCACAGCGCCCCCGCGCCUCUACAAGACGGGCGAUCUCGUUCAGUACAACCCCGACGGUACCAUCAACUACAUUGGCCGCCGUGAUACACAAGUCAAGCUACGUGGUCAACGUAUCGAACUCGCUGAAAUCGAACAAGUGAUAAUGACGGCGGUUCCAGAAUUGGUUGAGCAUGCAGUCGUUGACGUCGUCUCUCGCGACUCGGGCGACGUGCUCACGGCUUUCUUGUCCUUGUUCAACAGUCACCAAGAUAAGGAUACAAACGACGAUGAUUUCACCAGCAACCUUGUUUCUCUAGAUGAAAGUCUCCAGGAAUCCCUCGCCUCCAUCGCCGAGGCCCUCAAGCGCUCGCUCCCCGUCUACAUGGUACCCGCCACCACCCUCGUACUCAAACGCAUGCCCUUCGCCUCAGCCAUGAAACUUGACAGAAAGAAGCUUCGCCAGCAAGCCGUAAAUCUCCCCGCCGAAGUCACCGCCGCAUAUGCCCUCGAACAGCGCUCAACAUUCCGUGAACCUACCACGGAGCUGGAAGUCAAACUCCGCAAAUCCUGGGCUCGUGUCCUCCAGAUUCCCGAGGAGUCCAUCAGCACAGACGAUAACUUCUAUCAACUUGGUGGUGAUUCUAUCCGAGUCGUGACCCUUUCUAGGUACAUCAAAGACAACCACGACGUACAGCUCGGACUCUCUGAGAUCAACGGCGGCAACUCAACCAUCCGCGGUAUGGCAAAGUACAUCGAACAAGCAUCCGCCGUUGGCGCCUCCGCUGCGCUUCCCUUCGUGGAUUUGAUGAGCAAGAUCACACCCUUGUUGGAGGAGACAUGGUCAGCUUCUCAGGAGGAGCUUCUAGCUCACCCACUUACCGGUCUACCCGACAGAGCUACUGUUCUUCUCACUGGUGCCACCGGCUACCUUGGCAAUGAGAUUCUCAAACAACUGGUGCAGUCGGACAAGAUUGGCACCGUCGUUGCGCUCGUUCGCGCUCCUUCACCCGCUCACGGUCUCGAACGUGUCAAGAAAACAGCAAAGAUCGCCUCGUGGUGGGACGACUCGUACAUCAGCAAGCUCGAAAUCUGGGCUGGAGACCUUUCGGUCGAAGGCAUGGGUCUGGAUAACAACCAGUGGGCACGCAUCUCAGGCCAGUCUCAGGAGGCCGUUAAUAUCGAUGCCAUCAUCCACAAUGGCGCCUCCAUGAGCUGGACCGCAGACUAUGAUCGUGUACGCGCCGCCAACGUUGAAUCCACCGUCGCUCUCGUCAAGGCCGCUGCUGCCUCUCCCCGUCGCGCCAGAUUUGUCUACGUCUCGGGCGGAGCCAAGGCCGACACGCAAUCAGACCGCGCCAGCUUCGCUCAGAUUCUUGGCCACGGCACCGGCUAUGCUCAGACAAAGUUCGUUUCUGAGAGCAUCGUCUAUGGCAUGGCAACGCGUCUUCCAACCAGCCAGAACCGCUUAUCCGUCGUCAAACCUGGCCUUAUCAUUGGUACUGCCAAUGAGGGCGUAGCCAACGUUGACGACUACCUCUGGCGUGUUGUUUCCGCCGCCACGGCUUUGGGAUCCUACCCAUCGGAGCCUGAAGACUACCGAAUUCCGAUGCUCGACUUAGGACGUGUCGCUGGCGCCGUCAUGACCCAGCUGUUUGCCGGUACACAGGAGGUCGUCGAAGGCUUCGUCGAUAUUCCCGAUGGCGUGUCCGUCUCCGAAUUCUGGGGCCUAGUCAACGCGGAGCUUCGAGAGCCCUGCACUCCAAUGCCAUGGUCUGAGUGGCUUCCGUUGGCUCACGCGCAUAUGGAAAAGGUUGGCGACACUCACCCUCUGUGGCCAGUGCAGGCUUUCCUCGGCGAGAUCGGAGCGCCGUCCGGAGAAGAUGCUCCUGCUGCAGAUGGUGAGCUGAGGCUCGCCGUUCGGGAGAACGUCAAGUAUCUCUCCCACGUUGGCUUCUUGGCCUCUGCGCCUGGAAAGCAGGGCUCACUUCAGGAGGACGUCAUCAAGCGUACGGAGACUAUCAAGUUUUAA